AUGAAUUUUGAUACCAUUUUCCAGUGUUGCAUUUUUAUCCGCCUUUAUGCAUCAUCUUAAUUCAAUGGAUGCAAAAAUUAACGUGUAUGGGUGAGCUUUUGCAUUUGCUAUGAUGCAAAGCACACAAACUAUCUAGGUUGGCAAAUACAGAAGCAUGCCUAACGCUACUUACAAAAUAUAAAUGCCUUGUACGUAUAUUUUUCUAUAAAUAUUUUCCCUUUGCUCAUGUACUAGAGACGUCUUUCCCUUCCAGACGCACAAGCACGUCAACACACAAACAAUCUAGAGAUUUAAGGAGACAACAUGGAGCUGAUUCAUGUAAUAAUGGACAUAGUGGUUCCACCCAUCAUUCUAAUCUCCCUCCUUAUCGCCAUACCUCUUAAUCUUAUCAACAAUUUAGUCUCUUUCAUCCAGAGAUCAUUUUCCCUGGAAGACUUAUCUGGAAAGGUUGUUCUAAUUACCGGUGCAUCUUCCGGCAUCGGGGAGUUUCUUGCGUAUGCUUAUGCCAAGAAAGGAGCUCGUCUAGUACUAGUUGCUAGAAGAGAGAAUCGUCUUCGAGAAGUUGCAGAUAAAGCUAAGAAGCAUGGAUCACCUGAUGUUUUAGUUUGUGCAGCUGAUGUCUCCAAAGUUGAAGACUGUAAAAGAUUUGUUCAAGAUGCCAUCGACCAUUUCGGGUGCCUUGAUCAUCUUGUGAAUAACGCCGGCGUGACUAGUGGCUACACAUUUGAGGAUACGACCGAUAUCACCACACCUAUGAACCUCAUGAACGUGAACUUUUGGGGAUCAGUUUAUCCAACUCAUUUUGCCGUUCCGCAUUUGAGAAAGAGCAAAGGCAAGAUCGUGGUGAUUGCAUCUCUGGCGUCGUGGUUGUAUUCUCCGCAAAUGAUCUUCUAUGGUGCUAGCAAAGCUGCAAUGAUGAACUUCUUCGAAACACUGAGAGUUGAGUUGGGUUCUGCGGUCAAGAUAACAAUAGUAUCUCCAGGGUUUAUAGAAUCAGAAAUGACUCAAGGCAAACACCUUACGAAUGAUGGUUCCAUGCAGGUUGAUCCAGAAAAGAGAGACUCUCUGGUGGGAAUGUUUCCGGUACGAGGAGGAUUCGAAUGUGCCAAGACAAUCGUCCAUGGUGUACGUAGAGGGGAUAGAAAUAUAACAGAUCCGUCAUGGUUUAGAAUUCUAUACAUAUGCAAAGUAUUUGUGAGUGAGGUAGUGGAGUGGUUUUUCAGUGUGUUGUUUGUACCACAACCGGGAGUAACCGAAAACAGUACCUUGACCAAAAGGAUUUUAGACUUCACCGGAAUGAAGAAAUACAUCUAUCCUGCUUCGAUUGACUCGUCGGCCGAUGUCAAAAAAAAAUGAUAUUUAGAUUCAUCGAUGAGUUUCAAAUUUGAUUGUUUUUCUGCUCUUAGGUUGUAGACUAAUUCUACCUUUUCCUCCUUAGUUUGAUUGUAGUAUUAGUUAGUGUCUUAAUGAAGAUCAACUUAUGCAUAAUUAAUGUUGCUCUAUUUGAUAAUGACAAUUACCCUGUCAAGAUUGUGCA